CUGAUGUUCACGACUUGGAUCAGUCCAUGGAAGAUCUGUAACACCAGGAAGCCGCACGGCCGUGAAUUCUAGAAUUCUGAAAAUUUCCGAACCGUGGCACUUUUACUCAAUCCAACGACGGCUAGUGAACCUGGCGUCGCAUCAGGUCGAUGAGUAGACUUCUUGGUCCUUGCCCUCCCUUCCUAUCGUCCCUCUCCUGUUUAGUACGCCAUGUGCGGCCAUGAUCAACGAGGUAAGGAGGAAAGCGGAAAGCGUGGUCUGAUCCUGUUUGAACAGCGGAACCAGCAGACAAGAUGAGAAGACCAUGUUUCUUGCACAAAGAAGGUCGACUCCCGAAGUAUCUCGCAUCCGAUGGUAUUUGGCCGGCCACGGCGAGGCCCAAACGCCACAAAGAUUACUAUUUUGAGCUCAACGGAGAACUUGCUAACGCGAAUAAACCGCACUUCUGAAUAGGCCGCGAUAGCUUCUGAAUGUGAAUCGCCUGUUCAUGAGAUCUAUCUGCAACCUGCAGCUCAUAUAUAAGCGCCUGUUGGUAUCGAAUACGAACAGAAUCCCAGAAACACGAUGCGUCUUCCAGUUUCAAUCGCUCUCUCCUUGUAUACUGCCUUUCUGGGACAGACCCAGGGCGAUGUCGAGAGACAAGGCGCGGUUGAUAUUUCGGGCGGCAGCGUCAGCAGUACCACGCCGACCAGAAACAAUGGCACCAUCACUCAGCCUGGGGUCAACAGCAUGAUCUGGCUGGAUAUGCCGUUUCCGUUCGAGUACAAGCCGGCCAACUGGUGUCACGCGGGGUAUACCCACAUCUCUGUCUGGCUGAUGAAUCACAUACCCGGCGCUGAGGAUCUGGACGGAUCAGGAAAGCCACUGGAUGCCCAGCACCAUUUCGGAGACUGGACGAUGUCCAACUACGCUCAACUGCCUGAAGCAUCAGACAAAGCCCCGAAUGUGCUGUAUCUUCGUCGAGAUGGCCUUGGUGUGCCUGAAGGUGGGAACAUGUACUUCUCCGUAGUAGAGCACGCAACUGGCUGUCCACCGCGUAACUCACCAACACAAUAUGGCAUUACGUCGAACCAAGUCUACGUGCACUGAUAUAGACUGGACCACCUGCCUUGAAAGGUGCACGAAAUCGUUGGUGCUCAUGGCAGUGGCUAUGCUUGAUCCUGGGAUAUUCGUUCCUUCAUUAGACAUUGUAAGAUCGAGAUACAUUUUAUAGCAAUAGUAUGGAUGGUGAUGGGA